AUGGCCGUAUAUGGGGUCCGCAUCAUAACGGGGGGCUUCCUGGGGGCGGGGACCUGGGACCACAUCUCCAUCAGCCUCGUGGGGAGCGAAGGGAAGAGCCCCCCGCUCCACCUGGACACCUGCGGGAAGGACUUCUCCCGGGGAGCGGAGGAAGAGUUCACCGUCUGCUCGGAGCCCGUGGGUUCGCUCCUGUUUCUGCAACUGCACAAGGCGCCCCUGUGGUUGCCCACACCCCUGCCCCUGCCCCUGCCCCCCGACGCCUGGUUCUGCUCUUCUGUGCAUCUCAUACCCCCGGAGGGUCCCCCCCUGAACUUCCCCUGCUACCAGUGGCUGGAAGGGGCCUGCACCCUGGUCCUGAGAGAGGGCACCGCCAAGCUGGCCUCCAGCGACACGGUCCCCCUCCUCCUGGAGCAGCGAAGGGGUGAACUGCAGAAGAGGCAGGGGACCUACAGGUGGAAGACCUACGCCCCAGGUUGGCCCCACUGUGUGGACGUGGAGGCGGUGGAGGAGCUGAGCCCGGACGUUCACUACUCCUUGGGCAAGAGCAUCAGUUUCUUCCUCAAGGCCAGCUCUGCGUUCAUAAAGCUCAAGAUGAAGGGAUUGUUGAAUGAUGCUUCUCCCUGGAAGGACCUGAAGGAUUUGAGGCAGAUUUUCAGUAUCCAGAAGACCCCAGUGUACGAGUAUGUGGUUGAGCACUGGAAGGAAGACGAGCUCUUCGCCUCGCAAUUCCUGAACGGUCUAAAUCCCAUCCUGAUCCAGAGAUGCCGCCAACUCCCGCCCCACUUCCCCGUCACGGACGCCAUGGUGGCCCCGUUCCUGGGCCGGGGGACCAGCCUGGAUGCCGAGCUAAAGCGGGGGACCAUGUUCCUGGUGGAUUACAAGCUGCUGGACGGGAUCCCGGCAGGGCAGAUCAACGGGAAGCAGCAGUACGUGGCGGCCCCACUCUGCCUCCUUCAGCAGCCCCCUGGCCGGCCCCUGCGCCCCAUUGCCAUCCAGCUCAGCCAGACCCCCGGGCCGGACAGCCCCAUCUUCCUGCCCAGCGACUCCGAGUGGGACUGGCUCACGGCCAAGACGUGGGUCCGCAGUGCUGAGUUCGCCAUCCACGAAGCCGUCAGCCACCUGGGCCGUGCCCAUCUCCUGCCCGAGGUCUUCUCCAUUGCCACCCUGCGCCAGCUGCCCCUCUGCCACCCGCUCUACAAGUUGCUGAUCCCCCACACACGCUACACCCUGCACAUCAAUGUCCUGGCCCGCCAGCUGCUCAUCUCCCCUGGUGGGGUGGUCCAGAGGUCCACAGCGGUGGGCGUGAGCGGCUUCACUGAACUGGUGCGGAGAGACCUGGAGCAGCUGACCUACUCAACCCUCUGCCUCCCCGAAGAUGUGCGGGCCCGAGGGGUCUCCAACUUGCCGGGAUAUCACUACCGGGAUGAUGGGCUUAAGAUCUGGGGGGCCAUAGAGAGCUACGUGUCAGAAAUCGUCGGCUUCUACUACGGCAGCGACGCGGCCGUGGAGGGGGACAUGGAGCUGCAGGCCUGGGUGUGGGAGAUCUUCGCCGAGGGCUUCCUGGGCCGGGAGACCUCAGGGGUCCCCCCCUCGCUGGAGAGCCGGGCCGCCCUGAUCCGUUACCUCACGAUGGUGAUCUUCACCUGCUCUGCCCAGCAUGCCGCUUUCAGCGCCGGGCAGUUUGACUUUAGUGCCUGGAUGCCCAACUUCCCGCCAUCCAUGCAGCUGCCCCCACCCACGGCCAAGGGCCUGGCCGGCCCCGAGAGCUUCCUGGCCUCCCUGCCUGACAUCAACGCCACCUGUGACAUCAUCAUAGUGCUCUGGCUCCUGAGCAAGGAGCCCGGUGACCUGAGGUCCCUGGGCUGCUUCCCAGAUGCACAUUUCACAGAGGAGGCUCCUCGGCGGAGCCAGGAGGCAUUUGCGGCGCGGCUGGCGGAGAUCUCCCGGCAGAUCCAGGAGCGCAAUGCCCGCCUGCCCCUGCCCUACACCUACCUCGACCCCCCCAACAUCGAAAACAGCGUUGCCAUCUGACCCUCUGCCCCGCCUGCCCUCACUUGCAUGCCAUUUUCAUGCCCCACUCCCUCAGUCAGUUCACGUGCUCCUACCUUGCGGAGGCGGGAAUGAAGUCAGCGGGCCUGG